GCCCUAGCAACCAGACUCUAGACGCGCUGCGGCCUCCAGGCUACUGGCUUCAGAACCCUGGAGCUCUUUACCUGCCUCGCGGGUUUCCAGCACCAUGUCGGUACGGACGCUACCUCUGCUCUUCCUGAACUUGGGUGGGGAGAUGCUUUACAUCCUUGACCAGCGGCUGCGGGCCCAGAACAUCCCAGGAGACAAGGCCCGCAAAGAUGAAUGGACAGAGGUGGACAGAAAACGAGUUCUGAAUGACAUCAUUUCAACCAUGUUCAAUAGAAAGUUCAUGGAGGAACUGUUCAAACCCCAAGAGCUGUACUCUAAGAAGGCCCUGAGGACCAUCUAUGACCGCCUGGCUCAUACUUCCAUUAUGAGACUGAACCAGGCCAGCAUGGACAAGCUCUAUGACCUGAUGACUAUGGCUUUCAAAUAUCAAGUUUUACUGUGUCCCCGACCCAAGGAUGUACUACUGGUCACUUUCAAUCACUUAGAUGCCAUCAAGGGAUUCAUUCGAGACUCCCCAACCAUCCUUCACCAAGUGGACGAGACUUUCCGGCAGCUGAUAGAAGUGUACGGGGCUCUCUCUGCAGGUGAGUUCCAGCUGAUCCGGCAGACGCUCCUCAUCUUCUUUCAAGACCUACACAUCCGAGUAUCCAUAUUUCUAAAGGACAGAGUGCAGAAUUCUAAUGGUCGCUUUGUGUUGCCAGUGUCUGGGCCUGUUCCCUGGGGAACUGAAGUUCCUGGACUCAUCAGAAUAUUUAACAACCAAGGCGAAGAAGUAAAGAAGAUAGAAUUCAAGCAUGGUGGAAACUAUGUCACUGCCCCCAAAGAAGGUUCUUUUGAACUGUAUGGAGACCGGGUCCUGAAACUGGGAACUAACAUGUACAGUGCACAUCGGCCUGUGGAAACGCAUAUGUCUGGAGCAUCCAAGAACUUAGCCUCGAAAGCACAGAAAAGCAUUGCUCCAAAUCCUCUCGCUAAAGAAGAGCUAAAUUUUCUGGCCAGACUAAUGGGAGGAAUGGAGAUUAAGAAACCCAGCGGCACCGAACCAGGAUUCCGGUUGAAUCUCUUUACUACUGAUGAAGAGGAGGAACAUGCGGCGCUCACCAGGCCCGAAGAAUUAUCCUACGAAGUUAUCAACAUACAAGCUGUGCAGGACCAGCAGCGGAAUGAAGAGCUGGCUCGGAUCAUGGGAGAGCUUGAGAUCACAGAGCAGCCAAGGCAGAGCACCAGCAAAGGGGACGAUCUGCUGGCCAUGAUGGACGAGUUAUAGCUGUGCCGACCAGGCACAGCCCAGCCCACCUCCCUGAAGACAGAAGGCCCCAGGGUCCAAAUGAUGCUGCUAGUUUUUCACCGAGCAAGGCCAUUACUGCUCGUUCCCUCUCAUGUUGUAAUGAACUGUGCAGUUUUCCUCAGAGAUCACACUUCCCGGAAGGCACACGCGCACAUGUAUUUUCAGCAAAAUACAUUCUGACUCUCAAACUGGACUUUUCCCAUUUAGUCCUAAUUCUAUGGCAACCAUACAGAAAGCACCCUGGGUGGGAAAUUGAGCCCCAGAGCCAUCAAGGAGACACUCCCAUUAUCCUUUUCAGGUUUGCUGCCUUACUUUUCCCGUAGGGACUUGUAUCUCACAGAUGCCUGUAAGUCAUAACAGAAGCAUCGGUGUUUGCCAGGAUGUGCUGUGCCUUGUAGAUAAGUUGGAUAUCAGAAGGCUUCAGUCUGUCAGGGCCAGAUUAGGUCACCCUCCUCCCCUUGGCACACAAGAACUGUCACCUCCCAGAGGCAGCCCGAGUAAGCCAGGCCAUGGCAAGGCACAUGCGGUAUGUAUUUGUCUGCAUACAUUCCUGCCUGUGCAUAUGGGUAGUCUUUGGCCAUAGGGUAUAUUAGCCCUCCAAAGACACCCAACCCAAUGUGCUGUGACAUUUGUCUCUGUGUCACCUUCGGUCAUCAGGAAGAGCCUUACGCUGACUGUGCUGGAGUCACUUCCCCUUCCGUGUGCCAACAGAGCCACUUCUCUGGGACCCAUGGGAACUGUCUCAAGCCAGGGUUGCCACAGAGUUUCAGAAGGAGCAGCAGCCCUGCACACGUGCUCCCUCCCGGGACUGAGGAACCCAGAGGCACGGGGCCAGCCAUCAUCAGGGUCAGGAUCUACUCAGCCCCAUGGAAGGAGUGUCUGGGAAAACAGUGGGUGAUAGAAAAACCCAGCUGAGCAGAUCAUUCCCUGAAACAGGGCCCAUGGCAGGGACCACCGUGGCCCCCACAUCCGAGGAGAGUAGGGACAGGCAGGGAGGGCAGAUCCAGGAUCUAGAUACACAGAAGUAAGUGGCAAGAUAAAUUCAGUUCGCUUCUGACCCAGUUAUACUUCCUGGUGGAAGGUGGCACACACCUGUAAUCCCUGCGCUCAGGGAGCUGAGGCAGUGUAAUGGCAAGUUCAAGCCUAGCCUGGGUAACUUAGCAGACUCUGCCUCAGAAUAAAAACUAAGGAAAGGGCUGGGGAUGUACCUCAGUGCAAAGGCGCAGGUCGCAAUCCCCAGUGCAGCAAAAAAAUUAAUUAAAAAUUAAACAAAAAUAAAAACUAAAGUUAUACUUCCUUACCUAUAAACACACCUGCCCUCCCCCACAAAACAGUUCCCUUAGGAGGGGAAGACUCACUGCAAAAUGCCUGCUGCACAGGUACCAACGACCAUCCCUUGUCCCUUUAGUCCCCUGUAAGUAAACCCCCACCCCCUGCUCGCCAGGACCUGACCCGGGCACAGGGAGAGGGAAAGUUUCUCUCCUGCUCUGAGCCUGGCUCCCUCCGUGCUGUCAAACAUGAGCUUCCCUGUCUGGACCUGGACUGUGGGCCACCAGGUGCCUGGGAGCAGCAGCCUCCUGCCUCCACCUGUCCCAGCGCCAUGCUGGUGACUUCCAAUGUGACUUUCCUCUGGUGAAAUAAACAAGAUACAGAUCUCUGUGAUGAGAUAA